GGUGCCGGUGCCGGUGCCGGUGCCGGUGCCGUGGGGCGGGCCCGGGCCGGGGGCUGCGGUUCCCGGCGCCUCCGCCCCGCCGCAGCGGGGGCGGGCGGGGGUUUCCUGCCGCCGCCUGGCAGAGCCGCCCGCGCCGCGCCAUGGAGCGGCCCCGGCUCCCGCUGCCCCGGCUCCUGGCUGCUGCAGUGCUCGUGGAAUGCUGCGCGCGGCUUUGCCCCGCUCUGGGCAGCGGAACCAGCUCCGCUCUGAGCGCUGCCGACCCCUGCGCCCACCUGGGCACCGCUACGGGGGAGCGCUGCCAGACAGAUCGCCCGGGGCGAGGAGCCGGCACAGGGCAGGCGCCCGCCCCAGAGGCCGUGGGGCAUCUGUGGACCGAGGCUGAAAUGCUGCCCUUCCCUGGGACCCUCGCCGGGACAGCCCAGCUCUCCAGCCCGCAGGACAGCUCCGGAGGCCCCGGGCAGGGCAGGGAGGGGACAGGGCCGGCGGUGCGGGGUAGAACAAGCACCGAGCCCCUGGGACCCCUGGGACCUGCAGGCACCACUGGACAGGCAGCUGCAGGCAGGGAGCUGCCGUCCCCUGCCAGUCUGGGGGUCACCAGUGCAGGGACCCCAGCCCCUGCGGAGGCAGGGGCAGACCCUGCAGCCACGCACCCCCCGGGCACUGGCCCUGCAGGACAUGUGACAGUAGAAGGUGUCACCACGGUGCAGGGGACACUUUCACAUGCAUCACCCUCUGUGACAGUGCCAGGUUCUGCCAGGGGACAGUGGAGGUCCAGCAGCACCCUGCUGGGAUGGGGGGCCACAGGGACAGCCCUGGUGCCGAGCCAGAAUGACUCUCUCCAGCUCGGUGACAGCAGCCCAGGGACCCGCCCGAGCACCGUGCUGGCCACUGACAGCUCAGCACCAGGGACAACAGGGACAUCUCCCUCUGCUGGGGGGCUGCAGAGGCUGCUGAUCCCCACAGGGACACUGCAGGGGACACACUGGGGGCUGCCAGGGCCGUCAGAAGGACAGGGCUUUGCUCCCCGCCCACGGGAGGGUCCCCGCUCUGCCCCUCUCCCCUCUGCACUGUCCCUUGGGGCUGGUGGGGGCCCUUUGGCCCGCACAACCUGGCCAGCCGUGGGGACAGGCCCAGCCCUGCUGCCUACCUCACGCAGGGACUCAGGUCUGCCUGUCCCCACCACCAUGGCCAGCACCCCAGGGGUGACAUCUCCUGGCCAGGGAGGAGCCCUGGACCUGACUACAGGGGUCUUGGGCCCACCUGACAGAAGGAGUCCCCCUGAGCACAGUCACAUCCCCCUGAGCCCGUCAGCCAUACCAGGGCAGCCCCCUGGUCCCCUGGCCCCUGGCAGCACCACUGUGGCACAGGGUGGGGUGGCACAUGCCAGUCCUGAAUCCUCCCCCACUCCCCUGUCCCCACAGCCUGCCCCAGCCAGUGGCUCUGCAGUGACGCUGCUGUCCACCCCGCUGCCUUCCCCAGGGACUGGCUGGGGGGUUCUGGGACUCGGCCCCACUGUGGGCACCCCCCUGGGAGACCUCUCCCCAGGGCUGCCCCAUUCCAGCUCAAGGGUGGGCCCUGCUGAUAGCCCUCCAUCCCUGGGGGGGACCGAGGUGGGAGUGGGCAGCCUGGCACCCCCCUCAGCGCCUGGGCCUCCUCAGCAGCCAGCUUUAUCCCAGCCUGCAUCUUCCCAGCCUGCAUCUUCCCUGGGACCGACCACUGCUCUUGGUGUCACCACCACUGGUGUCACUGCUACCACCAUCACAACUGCCACCAGCCCAGAAAGGCUCGGGGACAUGGGGGCGGUCACAGCAGAGCCUCGUGCUGCUGUACAGCAAAGUGAUGUGGCGGGGCUGACAUGGGGGUCCCCAGCUCAUGUGCCCACUGUGAUGCCUGGGAUCCCCCAGCAGCCCACAGAUUCCCAGGGUGGGGGCCCUGGGGCUCCCCCAGCUGCUGUGGACACAGACCUGGUCCAGCCAUCGAGCAGCCCCAGAGGGAUGACAGACACUGAUGCCCCCCAGGCUGGGGUGGGCAGGGCCCCCCAGGUGUUCAUCGUGGAGGAUCAGCCCCCACUCCUGAGAGCAUCCCUCCUGCGCAUCCCCUGUGAGCUGGUUCUGGACAUGGGGUUCGUCCCGGCCCUGCAGGACCCCGGCUCCCCGGAGCACCAGGAGCUGCUGCACAGCUUCAACCAGACGGUCACUCCCCUGUUCACGGCGCUGCCCGGGUUCCUGCGGCUGGAGGUGACAGAUAUCAGGGAGGGCAGCGUGGUGCUGCGCUACGAGGCGCUGUUCGCGGCGGAGCAGCUGCCGGGGCCGGGGCUGGACGAGCUCCUGGAGAGCGCGCUGGGCUCUGCCGGUGCCCGGCCGGGGCUGGCGGUGGGCACAGCGCCCGUGCUGCGCCACGGGGCUCUGGCGCGGCCGCUGGACCCCUGUGCUCUGCUCUUCGCUUGCCCGUCCGGCUUCGCCUGCGUGCCCCGGGCGGACGGGAACGUGACGUGCACCUCCCUCUGCCACCGUGACUACUGCAAGAACCACGGCAUCUGCUCCCACGCCCGGGACCACCAGCCCCGCUGCCAGUGCCCCGUGGGCAGCGAUUUCUGGUUCAUGGGGCUGCGCUGUGACUACCGGGUGACACAGCAGGGCCUGCUGGGCAUGGCGGCCGGGGUCCUGCUCAGCAUCCUCCUCCUGGGCGCCGUCCUCGCCGCUGUCGCCGUCCGCCGCUUCAAGGCGCUGCUGCUGGAGGCCAGGGCGGACCAGACCCGCAGCAGCUAUCGCCGUUUCUGCCGCCUGGACGAUGUCUCUGCCCAGUACUGGUCCCGCUCGGGGCUGCCCUCGGCCAGCUCGCUGGACAACCCGGCCUUCAGCAACUCGGAGGAGCUGCUGCACCUCCAGGUGCUGGACAGCGGCUGCUGCGGCUGCCGGGGGGACUCGGGCGGUGCCAAGCGGGGCCCGGCGCCCUGUGCCCACCCGCACUGCCAGCCCAGUUUCCAUUACGACUGGGACACCAGCUCCAGCAGCAUGAAUGACCCUAUGGUGGACUCGGGGAAAGCCAGUGACAUCUCCGUGUCGAGCUGGCCCAUGGAGCCCAUCCAGUGGGCUCCCUUCCCUCUCCUCCACCAGCUUUCCAGGCAGCGGCAGCACAAGGCUCGCUGGCCGCAGUCGUUCAGCGAGGGGCUGGAGCUGGGCACGCUGGAGCGGAGCUGGACAGCCUGAGGCCACGGACAACACUCAGCCACGAGGUUCAGCUUUAAAACCAACCACAUUUUAUUUCCACGUAACGAGCUCAGUGAAGGAAUUCCACACACUUGGACGAUACAAUCAACGCGGGUGUGAUGUCAGUGAUGUCAGUCCCAGCGGGGCAGGGCCCGGCCAGCCCGGCCCCGGUUCCUGUCCGCGCCUCGCCAGCUCUGGCUGGGACUGCGGACUCCAGAGCAGGCAGAUACAGAGAGGUGUCAGGACACACAGUGCUGGCAUCCACCAGGUCAUGACUUAGAGGGGCAGUCUGGCAGAAAGGCUGGCGGUUCUGGAGGGCACAUCAGCUCUGGGCACAUGGGCUCUGUCCCACGGCCGCCGCAGGGAGAGACGCGAGAGCGCUGCUGCGUCGUUCAUCAUGAUUCAUGUCAAUGAGGUAUAAACACCAGGAUGUUGUAAGCAUUAAAGUUUAUUUUCCAAAAUGCU